AUGGAGAAAAGAAAAUUUGAGGAGGAGGCUUAUGGUGGGGAAGCACCUGCACAAGAGGCUGAAUCGCCUAACCCUAUACAAGCUGUUGUUCCUACAACAACGGGAGACAAAGGAAAGAGAAGAGCUGUAGUAGCUACACAAAUUGGAAGUUACUUUAAAGAAAGAACUACUCCAGGAUCUCAACCAACUUUGAAAAGUGUUUUGGCUAGUAAAGAAAUUGUGCACAAGGCUAAGCUGGGACUUGCCAAAUGGAUUGUUGAUGCACGUAUUCCUUUUAUUGCAAUUCAAUCACCUUACUUUCAACCUGCAUUGGAUGGUGUUGCUGCAAUUGGACCUGGUUUUAAGGGACCGUCAUAUGAUGAAAUGAGAGUUCAUUUGCUGGCUGAUCUUAAGAGAGAGUGUCAGUUGCUGGUUGAAAAGUAUAGUAGCUCAUGGAAAAGCACCAGUUGUACACUGAUGGUAGAUGGAUGGACUGAUCAAAGGCAACAAACUUUAAUUAACUUUCUAGUUUAUUGUCCUGCUGGUAUGUCAUUUGUUAAGACUGUUGAUGCUUCUGAUGUGAUAAAAACUGCCAAUGCAUUGUUUAAUUUGUUUGCUGAUGUUAUUGAGUGGGUUGGGCCUAGUAACAUUGUGCAUGUGGUCACUGAUAAUGCUGCUAAUUAUGUAUCUGCUGGAAAACUUAUUCAUGAAAAAUACCCAAAUAUAUUUUGGUCUCCUUGUGCUGCUCAUUGUAUCAAUCUUAUUUUGAAAGAUAUUGCAAGUAUUCCCCAUAUAGCUGACCUUACUUCCCGUGCUUCAAAAGUGACUGUGUUUGUCUACAAUCAUAUGAUCUUAUUGUCUUGGCUUAGAAAAAGAAAAAGCUGGACAGAAAUUGUUCGACUAGGAAUCACACGUUUUGCCACUGUUUUCAUUACUUUGAAAAGUAUAUAUGAUCACAAGGAAGAUUUGCAGUCAUUGAUGGUAGACGAAUAUUUUACUUCUCAUAAGUUAUCCAAAAUUGCUAAUGGAAAGAUUGUUAGCUCAAUUGUCUUGGACAGUAAGUUUUGGCAAGACUGUCUUACCACUGUGAAAAUUGUUGGUCCUCUUAUUAAGUUGUUGAGACUUGUUGAUGCUGAUGAAAAAUCCUCUUUGGGAAUCGUGUAUGAAGGCAUGCAAAGAGCAAAAAAUGCUAUCAAGACCAUGUUCAGAAAUCGGAAAGCUACUUAUACGCCAUACACGAGUAUCUUGAAAAUGAGGUGGGAUAAGCAUUUGAAGUGUGAUCUCCAUGCGGCAGCGUACUUUUUAAAUCUGGGCAUUUUCUACAGUGAGGGUUUUGUUGAGAAGGCAAAUGUUUUGAGAUCUUUACUUGAUUUGCUUGAUGUUAAAACACUUUGUGAUGACUCAGUUGCUGCAAUGCAAGAGAUAUAG